UGUUGCUGUCACUCGGAAAAUGGCAGCGACGAGUGUUGUCGUUCUCGACAGAGGCAACAAUACAACUUGUACCGUAAAUCUUUUCGGAGCAACAUUAGUAUCAUGGAGGGUGAACAAUCAAGAACAGUUAUUUGUAAGUAAACAGGCCGUCUUUGACGGCAAACGGGCGAUACGAGGAGGAGUACCGUUUGUAUUUCCUCAAUUCGGACAAUGGGCGUUCGGGCCCCAGCACGGGUUCGCGCGGGUGGCGCGCUGGCACGUGGAGAAGAUGCCGGAGCGAAUGCCCAGCGGCGACGUGGAGGCCGUCUUCUGCCUCAUGGACGACGACUUCACCAGGUCCAUGUGGCACUUUCAGUUCAGACUAACGUACCGGCUGAUCCUGCGCGAGAAGGAGCUCCACUUUAACGUCGGCGUGUACAACCCCAGCAAGGAGUUGACGUUCAGCUGCCAACUGCUUCUCCACACGUACUUCAAGGUGCCCGACGUGCGCCGCUGUCAGAUCACCGGCAUGCACGGGUGCAUGUUCAUUGACAAGACGCGGGAAGGCACCGUUUACCAGGAGACUAGGGAAGUGGUCACUAUAAACGAGUGGACGGACCGCAUCUAUCAGAACACGAUGCAGGAGCACAUCAUCACCAACGUCGUCAGCGGGCGCAAGAUGAGGAUACAGAAAUACAACUUGCCUGACACAGGUAAUAUAAACGCCAUUCUCUUAUUUAGCAUCCUUCUCAUGAUAAAUGAGUGGACGGACCGCAUCUACCAGAACACGAUGCAGGAGCACAUCAUCACCAACGUCGUCAGCGGGCGCAAGAUGAGGAUACAGAAAUACAACUUGCCUGACACAGUGAUCUGGAACCCCUGGGCGGACUACGCGAAGGAGAUCCCCGACUUCGGCGACGACGAGUUCCCCAACAUGGUGUGCGUGGAGGCGGGCCGCGUGGCCGCGCCCAUCGUGCUGCUGCCCGGCACCGCCUUCGAGGCCAGCCAGAUACUGCAGGUGAUGUAAUACAUUGGCGCCGCCAGCACCCAGCCGUCCAGCCGAAGUCGCCGCGGGCUUCAGCGCGUCACACGAGGCGAAGCGUAUCGAGAUACCUUAAACUUAUAUUAAUAAGGUCUAAAAUCCACACAUUUACUAGGUUACUGUUGCUUGCCAGCGAUUAGGAAUAUACCUGGAUUGUUGUUUCCUAAAAUUAAGAACAGUUUUCUUUUCUAAUAGAAAUUCAGAAAAUGUCGCUAACAUGGCAACUAUGUUUGUUAGACAGACAAGCAGUUUUUGAAGAGAUAUGAUUUUAGAUAUAAAUUUUAAUAUUAAAAAAGCGUUUAAAUUUAUAAUUAAUCUUCAUAUAACGUCUUGCCUUUUGAAUUAUCUUGCCUUUUAAUUAGGUUUAUAACUUGACAUUUUUCUUCAAUACUUUACGCUAGUAAAUAUAAAUUGUAUUGAAAGUUGUAAAGUGGUGCUCUAUUGUAGUAAGCAGCUAACUAAAGACUAAAGCCAGGAGGAAGUAGAAGAAUCUAUAGUCUACUAUCGAGCGGCAACGCUAGUAUAAGUCUCUUGUAGCACUCACUCUAAGCAAGCUGCUGUAGAAUUUUGAUCGUUACUAUAUGCAUCUAUAUAUAUAUUUUUAAGAACCGUCAAUUAUGUUUUCCGGUUGUGCUUACAUUCCUGUGCUCGCAUUAUAUCCUAAUAAAAAAAAAAUAUAACGCCAAUUAAUUGACAAUAAAUUUUUAUUUCAAAUGAUUUGAAAGGAAACUGUAAUUGGUAUAAGUAACAAUAUGUUUAGUAUAAUCGAAAAGUAGGCGUAAGAUUACUCCUUAUUGGUAUAUCCUUGCAUUCCAAGCUCAUUCCAUGUUAGGGAAUAAUUGCAUUCAAAAGUAUUUCUUGUCCGGGGCGUAUUAUAGUAACCUCGGCACGUUAGGUCUUAAAAACCAGAAUGUCCAGCCGGUUUAUAUAGUUCAUUCCCUAUCUAUGCUAAACAGUAAAAUCCGUUUAGAGGCUGUUGUUGAAAAUUUUACUUAUUCAGACUCGAGCUUCUAUUACGACCGCUUAUUCUUGUCUAUAUGUCGCAAUAUAUAGAUACAACUUUUACUUAGAAUAUGGGUGGGGGAAAACCCGAACGAAUUAAAUGCUGUAUCCAUCAAGUAUAAAAAAUCUAAAUACACGGUUCCAUACAAAUCUGAAACAAAAUAGUGUCCGAACUGCAACAGACAUUUGUAUAUGACUUCAAGUUUUGCAAAAGAAGUCCUAUGUGGUGAAAUAGUUUAAUCAACUUUAAACCUUACAAUAAGGUUGACAGUAAAACCUGCUUAGUUUGUUUACAUAUCACCUUUGGUUUCGAUACGAUUUGGUAUUUUUUUACACUUCUAUGGAGAACAGGAGAGGGGUGGAGUUGCGUUUGUUAAUUUUAGAAAUAUUUCACCUGGCUAAUGUUUUUUACGACACUUGUGCGAUUACAUUUCAUAACCACAAAGAUGUCUUCGUAAAAACUUGUUCAGUAGUUAUAGCUUUUAUUUAAGUUAAAUAUCUUGCUUGAAAUUGAGUUGCAAGAUUACAUCCGAACACAAUUACAUACAUACUACUCUGUCAAGAAAGUAGCAGGAAAAGAUCAAUAAUACACAAACUGUUUGUUAUUCAUCCAAAUUUAUUUUAUCACUUUCAAAAUAUGCUCCUUUAGAAACGAUACACUUACGCCAACGAAUAAUCCAAUCAUCAAAACAUUUUUUAAACGCUGUUUCCGGAAUUGAGGUCAGUUCUCGCCGCGAAUUCUCUUUUAUGUCUUCUACCGAUUGAAAACGGGUGCCACGAAGUGGUAAUUUGAGUUUAGGAAAAAGAAAAAAGUCGGCUGGAGCCAUAUCUGGUGAAUAUGGUGGUUGCUCGAUGGUAUUUGGUGAGUGUUUGGUUAAAAAUUCGUUCACAAUGAUGGCCUUGUGCGAAGGUGCAUUAUCAUGGUGCAAAAUCCAAGAAUUUUCUUUCCACAAAUCUGGCCUUUUUCGUCGGAUUUGCUCUCUUAAACGCCGCAUAACACUCAAAUAAUAUUCCUUAUUUACCGUUUGACCUUCCGGCAAGAAUUCCGAGUGCACAACACCGCGAUAGUCAAAGAAAACAGUCAACAUGACUUUGACUUUUGAACGACUUUGGCGUGGUUUUUUCGGUUUCGGUUCAGUUGGAAGGCGCCACUCCGAAGCUUGUUGACUAGUUUGCAUGUCAAACUCGUAAACCCACGUCUCGUCACCAGUAACAAUGCGUUUCAUGAAUAUUGGGUCGGAAUUGACUCGUUCUAGCAUGUCCUCAGCGACUCUCAUGCGAUUGAGUUUUUGAAAAAAAUUCAGGUCUUUUGGGACUAGCCGAGCGGCAACAUGUUUCAUACCCAAAUUAUUAGUUAAAAUGGUACGGAUCGACUCGUGAGAUACAGAAAGUUCGGUGGCUAUCUCUCUCAAAGUUGAAUGAGGAUUUUCAGUCACUAUUUCCUUCACUUUUGCGAUGUUAACUUCAGUUGCAGACGUUGAUGGCCUACCAGAGCGAGGCAAAUCUUCCAUCACAUCUCGACCGCUUUUGAACGCUUUGUACCACUCAUAAGCACGAGUUUUUGAUAAAGUCGAUUCACCGUAAGCCUUCUGUAACAUUUUCAGUGACUCCGAACACGAUAUUCCAUUGGCAAUGCAAAAUUUAAGACAAACUCUUUCGAUGUUUUUAUCCAUUAUGAAAUUAGCAAUACACACUAGAUAUGAUAUAACUAAAAAUAGCACUGUAUUUAAUGUAAACAACAGAUGCAACUCAAAACUCCGCGCCAAAAUGGAAAACAGUUGUGCCAAUCUAACAACAACAAAAAAAAAAACAAAAAUUUGAAUUUGGAACCAUAAAUAAAUAAUCCAUUCCCGAUACUUUUCUGACUGAAUGUACUUAAAAUAUUACAAAUAUACAUCAUACAUUAUUACAAGUUAAAAGCUUGUUAUUAAAAUAAAUAAAAAUAACAGCGUCUUUAUUUUAGAAUAGUCUUCGUAUAAUCCAAACAAAUGAUGUUGAAAAAUAAUUAUUUGUAAGGUCGGUUAGUGGCUAUUUAAUUUCAAGGGUUAUGCUCUCGCCAAAUGUCUUUAAAAUAACUUAAAAAAAAUGUUUAACAUAAUUUUUUGCCCAAAUUAUAAGGAAAUUUCAUGCUAUUGCAUGCAUUAUUGCAUUACUCGUACAAUAAUUAAAGUACUUAGCGACAUAAUUUCACUCCAUAUUCCUUUGACGUUCUGGACGUCUGGUUUUUAUAAUUCUUCACCGUUCAUUGUGAUAUGUUUACACUCUGAGCGGACGAAGGCUACUGAAUGAAAAAGCAACCCUAUACGAUAAAUGGCGGUCAUUUGGUGAGGACACUUUUUUUGUUGUGGAAUGUGUAUUUAGUUUUUAUUACUUGAUCAAAAUAUGUAUCCCUAGAAUAAUAAGUAAAUCCCGGGUAUCAUUGCUUUGAUGUAGACAGUCAUGUUUUUUUAUUUACGUCCCAGGCGUUCGUUAAAAGUUGCUUGCUGUUAUUUCUAAUUGUCUUCCUUCUACUUUUAAAUCUAGAAUCCCUGCCUCCUCUACCUCAAGGGGACACAGGCGUGAUAAAUACUCGUUAUAUGUUUGUAUGUAUUAUGUUAUAAAGGGUUUCUAUAUGUUGUUCUGUUGGUAGGUAUACUCAAAAUGCUCUGUAACACGCACUGAAGUUCUCAAAGACAAUAUCAAUAUCUCGACUUUAGAGUUUAUUCAGUAACAAAUACUCAGACCAGUUGUGUAGUAACUUAUUGUUUUAACCUGUGGUUUUAACAGUGGUAUAAAGUAAGCAUUUUUAUUGCAAUAGUUUAUAAUUGUAUUGUGAUGUUGAAUUACAAUGAUUAAUGUUUUGUUAAUAUCAUUUUUAUAUUUGUGUUUUUGAAAUCCUACGGAAGCCUCAUUAUUAAUUAAAUGGAAAUUAUAAUAUGUUGUCAAAUCCAAUCCGUCGUGCCAGAUGCUGUGUAUAAAAUGCUUGAAGAACUUAUCAUGUUCAUAUGAAAGCUAGACUUUUCACACAAUUAUGUAAGUACAAAAUAAUGUGAUUAUAAUUUUAUUUUGAUUUUUUUUUAAUAUUUGGACAUUUUUGAGGCUUUUAUGGUAUACGAUGUUUAAAUAUAAGGUUGUACUUAGCUGUAAUGAGUUCCUCAUUUUUUUUACAGCCAAUUGGGCAAGUUUUACCCAACCCAACAUUCUAUUAUAUCAUAUCAGCAUCAAAGAUUUUUUUAUUAAACGAAUGUUAUAAUGUUAUGUAAUGUAUUUAGACAUUUUGGUAGCAUUUUGAUGCUGUAUUGAAAUAUGUAGGAUGGAGUGAUAGGAUUAUUAAAUCCUUUGGUAGUUUAAAACAGAGAAUCACAUCUGUAGAUGUAAGUUAAUGAUACUGACACUUUUUUAUAAUAUUUCUUGAACGCACAUUGUUGGAGGAGUCAUACAUAAAUGCAUAAUAAUAAUUGUAUACUAACUGGUAUCAGAAAAACAAACGGUUGCAACAGUGGCGACCGAACACAUCGAAAAUUAGCAACGAAAUGUACUUCAAUAAGUGCAAUAAACUGAAUAAAUAAUA